AUGUCUGGUUCAUCAUCAUCAUCAUCCUCUAGUGACGAUUACGAAUCAAACGAUUACGAAGUAGUCAAUAAUGUUAUUACGCAAAUGAAUGUUGUUUUCAAUCCCCAAGCCAUAGGUGUGUGUCUUAACGUUAUCUUUGACGAAGAAGAAAACCAAAACCAAGAAGUGUCAAGUUCUUCAAGACCCAAGUUUACUAGAAGGGUGAUCUCGCGAGAUCACGUGGCUGCUGCAAAGCUUUUAUACGAUCAUUACUUUGCGCCAGAACCAACUUACCCACCUGAUAUGUUUCGUCGAAGGUUCCGAAUGCAAAAGGAAAUAUUUCUGCGCAUAGUGCGAGACAUAAACUCCUUUGAAAGCAGUGAACCGCUACAGAAACACUUUCAGUUCUUCCACAAAGACGCGACAUUUGCUAAUGGUAGUCCCGGUUUCAACAUUUUCCAAAAAUGUACUUCUGUUAUACGCCAGUUAGCGUAUAGCUUUAAGGUUGAUGCUUUAGAUGAGUACUUGCAGAUGGCUCAAGAUACGGGCUAUCAGUGUUUAUACGCUUUCUGCAAAUUUGUGAUACACCUGUAUCAACACGAGUACUUAAGAAGGCCAACAGAAGCAGAUAUCGAGCGGUUAACUGCCAAACAUGAGCAAGUUCAUGGUUUUCCGGGGAUACUUGGUAGCAUAGAUGGCAUGCAUUCGGGUUGGAGGAACUGUCCAGUGGCAUGGCAAGGGCAGUACACCCGAGGCGACAAGGGACAUCCAACAAUCAUGCUUGAAGCGGUUGCUUCAUAUGAUUUGUGGAUCUGGCAUGCCUACUUUGGCCCUGCUGGUUCGAACAACGACAUCAACGUCCUCAACGAGUCAGAUUUUUUCGAUGAUUUGCUACAAGACAGGGCUUCUAAAGUAGAGUUUUCGGUGAAUGGGGAGCAGUUUACAAAGGGAUAUUACUUAGCAGAUGGUAUUUAUCCAGAAUGGGCUACUCUUGUUAAGUCAUUCAAGUGCCCGAUGGACCUGAAAACCACCAAGUUCAAAAGAUACCAAGAAGCUGCAAGAAAGGAUGUCGAGCGAGCAUUUGGGGUUCUUCAAGGUCGUUGGCAAAUUAUUGAACAAUAUGCGCGGCCAUACAGUACCAACAAGAUAAAAUGGAUCAUGUUAUGUUGUGUGAUUUUGCACAACAUGAUCGUUGAAGAUAACGGCCGUGCAAUUACAAAGUUUGAAGAAUAG